AUGACGGACUGCAGGACGGUGGCCAGACGAAUACCAGAUCGUCCGAGGUAUCACACGUACACGGAUGUGCCUUGGUUGAUAGUCUACGAGUUCUUCUUCCUAUUGUGGAUAGCAAUCAUCAUCUAUGCGUUUAGUGCCGGCAGUUAUAGGCCCAUGGACUCCUUAGGCCGAAGGUGCGGGGUGGAUUCUGAGGAAAACAGAACAAAUCUGUUCUAUUUCGACAUGGAUAAGUGUAAAUAUCCAUACUUGCCCUUUUCGAAAUGUCAGACCCCAAAGGUGUGCGUGAAGUCCUGUCCCGACAGCACGUUCGAUUGGCACGCAAUGAAGGACGAACUCAGCUUCCAGGAUCUGUAUAGUCGCCUCAUCUGCCUGACGGAGGAGACCAAGGUCCGUAUUCGAACAAAAGAAGACAUAAAUAUGGCAAUAGAUCGCAAGGAGUGUGCCGGCUGGUACACCAAAAGCAGCCCGUAUAACCACCGAUGCAUGGUCCAAAUCCAAACUUUGAAGGACCUAUGUGAAUACCUCCCCGACUUGCCGAAGGCUGCCAAAGCUACUCGCGAAGAUGCCUGCCUUCGCAUUAAGCAUUCUUUCUCAAAGCACGUAGAGGAUUUGACAUUGCUGGCCAAUCUUGGAAAUCCGGCGACGAACGCCUUGGCGAGUGCCAGCUACGGAUCCCUAACUUUGGGAAAAAAGAUUAUCGAGGAUCAAGGAAGCUCCUUGUUUGUCAUCCUAUGGGUUUGCGUCCUCGCACUGCUCGUCUCACUCGCAUAUUUUCUUCUUUUGUCCUUCUUCUCCAAACAACUAUUGUCGUUCUCCAUCUGCACGGUGUUCCUAAUACCUCUUUGUGCCCUGGGAUACUGCUUGUAUCGUUUCGCUAACGAUCGUGCCAAUACUUGGCAGGAAGGAAAGUACUGGUUGUUGGCAUCAGGCGUCCUCUUUGCGAUCCUGUUCUUCAUGUACAAUAAGCAUAAGGAGCAGUCUUCAAACAUCGAUAUUGUGAUUGCUCUAUUUACGGAGGCCAGUAGGUCGAUUUUCAAGAAUUGCAGCACCUUGAUCUUCCCCUUCUUCAGCUUCGUACUCUUCAUAUUUGCCGUGGGUCUUACAAUCGCAGUUGGCCUGUAUCUGAACUCCAUAGAAAAUCCCUCAUUUAUAUUGCAAAAAUUGAAUGAUGAUCAAGAGCUGAAAUGCGAGGGAUUAGCCUCUAAUUACGCGGUGAAUAAACCCUGCGAUCUUAAGACUUUCCAGCAGAACUGUACUUCCCAUUUGGCCUACACCUGCAGCUUGGACAAUAACACCCUUUCGACUUGGAUUAUGUGCGCCCUCAUCUAUAACUUUAUCUGUUUAGUCUUUCUGGACUGCUUCAUCUACGACUUCAGCUAUAUGGUGCAGGCUACCAAGUUUAGUAAGUAUUACUGGACCUGUAAAUCGGGGAGAUCUCUUGACACUACUUUCUUCGCCGGCAUUCACAAACACUUUGGGACCGUGGCUAAGGGUUCGAUCUGUAAUACGACUAAACUAAUGUUCCGGGUCCUGAUUACUGUCUUACCCGGGAUCUUUACACACAUUUUUACCCGCUUAGAUACUUAUAUGAAAUUUCCAUACUACAAUGCCUACAUCAUAUGCGCCGACCUGGGAACCAAUUUGUCAGACAGUGGCAAAGACUCAUCGAAAUUGACUAGUUCGAACGCAUCUCUUGGGCUUUUGGUAGAACAGAUCAGUUACUGGACCUCCUUAUACUCGAGAAUUGUGAUAAUGGCGAUUGCUGGGCUGGCCACCUACUUCAUCCUGCCUCAAAUGUCAAUGGAGGAGAAUACGUGGCCCACAAUUUUUGUUUUAAUUGUCACCUACUUCAUAACGAAGGGGGUCUUUGGGGUCUGCGCGAUGGCCGUGGAUACGAUUUACCUGUGUCUUUUGGAGGACUAUGAGGAAAACGACGACCUGUAUCACCAAUGGUCCGAAAACUUUCAACGGAUAGUGGAUAUAUUUAAUAAAAGAAAGGAGGAUGAAAAAGUAAAAAAGCGACUCUUGCAAGAAUACGAAGAUGAGUACCAGCGAAAAAAAACGCUAAGGAGGCAAAGCUAUCAAAACGAAAAUCAGACACCAGGAGAAGCGCAACCCGAGGAUCGAGGUGAGGAGCAAAUCGAAAGUGAAGAAGGAGGAGAAGUCGAGAAUACGGAUCAAGUACUCCUGAGUAUUGAGUAUCCUGACCCAAAUUUCUUCCUGUAG